AUGUCAGAGAAGGAACAGGCAAUGAACACAGAGAAACUUGAUGUGAAUCCACGCGGUGAUUAUGGAGAAGAACAAGAAGAGUGCGAGUUGGGAACGACUGAUGACGUUGAUGUGACGUUUCCGAAUAGAAUCAGAAAUCUCAAAGUCCACUGUGCACACCUGCGCACCCUUGCAAACAGCCAACGACGGGCAGGUCAAGCCACGCCUAUCGAGUGA